GACAGGCAAACCACAACACGGCACGAACAUGGAUUAAAAACAAAUUCCGAGACAAGUGGACACACCGGCGUCGCAUGGACGUUCGCCAAGAUAACACGACACGCAAUGGAAACUGCGUCCUCGUUUCUUUUUGUCUUAUUUUAUCGCCUUAAGAACAGGUUUUUGUAGUUCUGAACCGGUAAAGAUUAACGUUAGCCCGGUUAGCUUUAGCGGACAUUGUCUGGGCUCUAUUGUGACGUCAGUGGUACGGGAGCCAACCAUUACGCUGCUUUAUUUUUACAAACUGGUAACCCUGCUAUUUCACUUCUGGGAAGCGUUCAUCUCAAAUUUAUCUCUCGACAAAAUGAGUGAGAGCAGCAGGACUUGAGUCUAACUUUUAUGCGGUAAAGAAGUAUUUCCAGGUUGGACUACUUGGUUUCGCUGAAGAAGACGUCAAUUGUUUCGGACAAAACAUUUUAAUUGACCUGCGAAAAGACGCCACUUAACAGCAAAUUAUGAACGGGCUAUCCAUCAGCGAGCUCUGCGGCUUAUUCUGCUGCCCGCCGUGCCCAAGCCGCAUCGCGGCCAAACUGGCUUUCCUACCGCCGGAACCUACUUACGCCUUCAUCCAGGACCCGACGCCGUCCAGCCCUUCUUCGCAGCAGCGCUGGAAUCUCCACCUCACGGAACGCGCCGAAUUCCAGUACACGCAGAGGGAGCUGGACAACGUGGAAGUUACGCUGGCUCAAUCCAGUCGAGGGAACCGAAUUGGAAUCAUGUACAUACGUUGCACGCCGAAUCCCAGGUUCACGGUGCUGUUCUCCCAUGGCAACGCGGUGGACUUGGGUCAGAUGAGCAGCUUCUACAUCGGGCUCGGCUCACGCAUCGACUGCAAUAUCCUGUCUUAUGACUACUCGGGCUACGGCGUCAGCGGCGGCCGACCUAGCGAAAAGAACCUCUACGCAGACAUCGACGCCGCCUGGCACACUCUCCGCACUAGGUACGGCGCUAGCCCGGAGAGCGUCAUCCUAUACGGCCAAAGCAUCGGCACGGUCCCCACGGUGGACCUAGCGUCGCGCUACCAGUGCGCCGCCGUCGUCCUCCACUCACCGCUCGCGUCCGGCAUGCGGGUGGCCUUCCCCGAAACCAAAAAGACGUACUGCUUCGACGCCUUCCCCAACAUCGAGAAAGUCUCCAAAAUUUCAUCCCCCGUGCUGGUGAUCCAUGGCACCGAGGACGAGGUCAUCGACUUCUCGCACGGACCGGCGCUGUUCGAGCGCUGCCCCAAAGCCGUCGAGCCGCUGUGGGUGGAAGGCGCCGGACACAACGACAUCGAACUGUACAGUCAGUAUUUGGAGCGGCUUCGGCGGUUUAUCGGGCACGAGAUCGGAUGAACUGAUUGUCGCGUACGACGAUAGCGGUUUGAUCCGUUUGAACUGGGAUUGACUGCGAUAGACGGGAAAGUGAAAGUUUCCAAGGUGAGAGUUUAUUCAUUAUAAUAAAAUAUACAAAAAUGCUGAUAAAAUACACACACUUCAAAUGAACUAGACACUUAUUGCAGUCAAUAGCAGCCAAUAAGUUAAAAUGAAAGUUUCUGCGGUGAGGGUUUAUUCAUUAUAAUCGAAUAUAUGAAAACAAAUGUUGAAAGAUGCACAAUAUAUAGAUACAUACAAACACACAUAGUACAAAUGCAUUGGACAUCUAUUGCUGUCAACGGCAGUCAAAAAGUUCCUGAGGUGAGAGUUUGUUCUUUAUAAUAAGAAAAUGACAAAAAUACUCAUUAAAUACACAUACUUAGUAAAAAAAAUAGGUUGGACGUCUAUCGUUGUCAAAAAAGCCAAUAAGUUCAAGUGAAAGUUUCUGAGGUGAGUUUUUUCGUUAUACAAAAAUACUGACUAUAUACACACACCCAGUUCAAAUGGAUCAGACGUCGAAUUUCUGAGGUGAGAGUUUACUCGGUAUAAUAAGCUAUUAAAAAUAUUGAUAAAUUUCACUGAACACACACACACACACACACACACAGUACAAAUGCAUUGGACAUCUAUUGCCGUCAAUGGCGGUCAAUAAGUUUCUGAAGUGAGAGUUUAUUCGUUAUAAUAGAAUAUACUCCAAAAAAAGCUGAUAAAAUACAAGACAUACUCAGUUCAAAUAGAUUACAAUGGCAACCAAUAAGUAAAAGUGAAAGUUUCUGAGGUUUUUUUUUUUUUUUCGUGAGAACACAAUUUACAAAAAUA